GCGGCGCGGCGCGUGCGAGCGAACGGCUACAAAAGGCGGAUACGUGCGGCGGGAGGCGCGCGGCUCGUCGUCGGCCGCCGGAGCGACGCGGCGGGCAAAACAAAAGGUUUUAAGCACCUGCUUCGGGCGCGGAGGGUCCCCGCAAAGCGAUCGGGGGGCUCUCGCACACAACGCCCCUCUUCGAGUGCAAACACGGCGUUUGCGGACGUUUACCUGCGGGAACAAAGCGCGUUAUUGUGUCCCGGCGGCCGCCGCGGCGGAGAGAGCCGAGUGCGGCGGUGCCGUGAACCCGCUCUCCCCCAUGAACGCGCAGCGAGGCAGCGAGGCGUGCGGGAGCUCGGAGGGGGAAAGGCAGAAGGGACCGUGGAGACAUGUUCGCACACCCCACUGCUCCCCAAACUCCACUCCCUGCGCUUUCGAAUUCGAGGCGCGCGUUUGCUUAGUUCUUCCCUUCAACUCACAUUUGUUGAGCAUCACAACAAGUCCCGUGAAUGAAGAUGAUCUCAUUUUGUGCAGUGCAUAGAACGUUUCAAGUAAAGGGAUGACGAGCUUAAAGCUGAUUACGGCAACGGACACACUGUAUUCGGGGUCGCUGCUCAAGUCCAUCAACGAACAGCGCAAUGCCGGACUGUUCUGCGAUGUCACCAUUAUAGUGCAGGAUCGCAAAUUCCGAGCUCACAAGAACAUCUUGUCGGCAUCCAGCUCCUACUUUCACCAGCUCUUCUCGACAGCCGAGCAAGUGAUCGAGCUGAACUUCGUCAAGGCGGAGAUCUUUGAGGAGAUCCUGAACUACAUCUACAGCUCCAAGCUCGCUCGAGUUCGCUCUGACAGAUUCGCGGAGCUCAUCCAAGCCGGCCAGACCCUGGGUGUGAAGUUUAUCGCUAAUCUCAGCGUACCGCUGUCCCAGGUCGGGGGCUUACCGGGUCUGUCCAAAGUCCCAGAUGAGGGAGAUGCCGCCGGCACACAGACGAAAAAUGACCACCUCGCUCGAGAAGCAGGGCCACUGCGCCUGCCUCUUGUCACUGAGGAGUUCUCGCUGUCCGUGGAAGAGUUUGAGUCGACGGACAGCAGCGCAGGCAAGGAGGGGGACUUGACCGGCGAUGACGCUCUCUUUGUCUCGAAGAAGGAUCCUCAGACUGCAGUGAAGCCGGGUGCCCCCACCGUGCAGGGCCCCGAAAACCCCGAGAUCACAGCUGACACGAACAGCAUCAACAGCCCACCUGUGGAGAAAGAGCUUGUGUCCGGGGAAGGGGGCAGCAUGACCCCUGAGGUUGGCCCGCUUUUCACUAAGGGGGAGGGCACGCCUUCCACUCCGAGCAUGGAGGAAGAGAAGCACCUGCUCCACUGCAGCCCCACUCAGUCGCAGCUCGGUCCCGGGCUCUUGCCUACCCCUCUGGCCUCCCCGCUGGGCUCCCCUUUGGCCUCGCCACUGGUGACUCCAGACAUCAACACCAGUAUUCCCCAACCGCCCUUGGGUCCUUCCUCUUUUGGCACACUUUGCAGCGCACCUCCUACACCCGCUCGCAUGGACAGCUCCCAUUUAGAGUCCCUCAACAGCCCCCAACCCAGAGAAGUUCUGCCCCCACCUAACGAAGUGCUGAAUGUCCACAAGCAGCAUGUGAACACAGCUGCAGGGAAGUUGCCGGUCCAGCCUGGAGAUUUCAAAAUGAAGCUCUCUGACGUGAGGUCAGGUAAAAACGGACCAGGGCUUCAGGGCCCCAAAACUGUCAUAGUGGGCAAAAAGACUAUAACGCUGGACAAGGCUUCAGAGAUAGAUUCCUUGUCCACCGGCUGCAAAGUUUACGCCAACAUCGGAGAGAACACCUACGACAUUGUCCCCAUGAAGGAGGACCCUGGGGAAGGGGAUUCAAAAGCCAGCAGGGCCAGGAAGUCCCACGUGUCCUCCACUUUCAGUCCCGACAUGUCCCCGCAGUUGCCGAGGGGGGUCUCGAGCAAGAAGAAAGCGAAGGUGGAACAGGACGACCACUAUGAGCUCAUCAUGGAUGGGAAGACAUUCUACGUGUGCGUGGUGUGCAGGCGUCCCUACGUGUGCCUCACCAGCCUGCGGCGACAUUUCAACACACACUCCUGGGAGAAGAAGUACCCGUGUCAUUACUGCGACAAGGUGUUCGCCCUGGCCGAGUACAGGACCAAGCACGAGAUAUACCACACGGGAGAGCGCAGGUACCAGUGCCUGCUGUGCAAUGACUUCUUCAUCAACUACCAGCUGCUUUCGUCCCACUGCAAGCAGGUCCACAACCAGGACCCGUCCGGCCGCAAGGAGAAGGACGACACCGAUAACAACUUGUACCGCCUGCUCCCUUGCAAGACCUUGCAGUUCAAGCCCUAUUCCUACAUCUCCGAGAGCUCUAGUGGGAUCCCUGUUAUCAAUGAGGAAGGGAUUGUCUAUCAUGUGGACCCGGGGAAGGGCCCUGAGGUACCCCAGAGCCCAGCUGGUGCUCACCUCCCAGCUGGUGCUCAUCUCCCAGCUGGUGCUCACCUUCCCCCUGGUGCUCACCUCCCCCCUAGUGCUCACCUCCCCUCUGGUGCCCACCCACCCUCCAGCCAGAACAAGGUGCUAAGCUGGGACGAAAUCUUUGUAGAGCCUGGAGCCCAGGUCCAGCCCCCGGUCUCUGUCCAGCCUCCGGUCCCAAUCCAGCCCCAAGGGCAACCCCAACUCCAACCUCAGCCCCAGUCCCCGGUCCCUGUCCAGCCCCAAGGGCAACCCCAGCCCCAGGUCCCUGUCCAGCACCAAGGGCAACCCCAGCCCCAGGUCCCUGUUCAGCACCAGGGGCAACCCCAGCCCCAGGUCCCUGUCCAACUGCAAGGGCAGCCCCAGGUCCCUGUCCAGCCCCAAGGGCAGCCCCAGGUCCCUGUCCAGGUCCCUGUCCAGGUCCCUGUCCAGCCCCAAGGGCAACCUCAACCUCAACCGCAGCCCCAACUGCAACCCCAGGCCCCAGUCCAGCCCCAACCCCAACCUCAACCGCAGGCCCAGCCACAGACCCCCGCGAAUCCAGCAGAGGCCUCGUCAAACUUCGAGUUCGUUAUACCAGAGACCUACUGAAUCGAAGGGCCUCGUUUUGCGGAGAAUUGUGCCUUUGAAGCAGGGAUUCCCAUCGUCUUGUGUUUUAGGGUCCAGAACAGAGUUCCAUACUUAACUGUUUAGCUGUUGUUUUUUAAACUAGUUGUGUGUAGGAAGCUCCCAUAUACUUCAGCACAGGCUGGGUUGGUUCUCGUAAUAGCUGAGCUUUGUUUGUUGUUUUGUGUUGUUUUUUUUUUUUUUUUAUUUUCUCCAGUCAGCUCAAUGAAUUUUAUAUAUGUGUGUGUGUGUGUGUGUGUGUGUAUAUAUUGCCUCAUUGUUGUUUGACGUUCCUACCUACCCUUUAACGGCACAGAUUGUUAUAUUCCGGAUAUACAGCAUGAUGGGGGCGAUUCGUUCCGUCACCGUCAGCACUUACUACGGUUCCCACAAAGCACACGUUGGGCUCGGAUCGCUCGAGCUGCACUUCUGGACUCUGUUGACACUUAUUGAAAUGUAUUGUUAUGAUUUUGCUAUGGAAUUGGUGAGGUCAGGCUCAGCCAGCUGGAAGACACAAAGCGGAAAGGUCAAACGGUUCCACCAAAGAUAGGGUGCAAGCGAUAAGACGUCGCGAAUGGCCGCCGGGUUUUUCUUUGUCGUACCUUGCGGUCGGUUAGGGAGACGAGACACUAUUGACGCAAAAACACGCAAGCCCCUGGAACUGGCUGCCAUUUCACCUUAUGCUGCCUAUAGAAACUAUACGUCUGCGUAUAGAUGGUGCACAGUAUUUAGAGUUGUUAUAAAUAACUUUGGAGCAGCGGGAGCACUAUUUGUAAGUAUAGGUGGUCCCCGAUUUACGAUGGUUCGACUUACGAUUUUUUCGACUUUGCCAUGGUGAGCUGGCGAUAGACAUUCAGUAGAAACCGUACUUCGAAUUUUGAUUCCCCCCCGGGGAAGCGAUGCUGGGCAGCGGCAGCGAUCCGCAUCUCCCAGUCCGUCACGCGGAGGUGUGUAUUAGGUGUAUUAAAUGCAUUUUCGACUUACGAUGGGUUACGCGGAACGUAACCCCUUCGUAAAUCGGGGACCACCUGUACAAGUACUGUACUGUGUUUGGACUCCUUAGGAAGAAACUCUUCCGCGCUGAACUACGGCUGCACGUAGCUUUCAUGUUCCGCGUGUUCAGCAGCAGCAGCUGGAAGGUCGGCACCAAGGUAACGUCUAAAGGGAGGGAAAGCUGAAAAGUCACUCGCUUUUUAGCAUCACAGACAUGAAUCACUUUAACGGUAACGUCAUGACGCAAUGGCAGUUACGUUUCUAGUUAUGUGAAUUUUCAACGUCGUCGUUUACCACCUUCCGGAAGGCAUCGUUCGGCGUUGGGCGGCCGUAGAUUUCCGAUGCCACGUUACCUUCGCUUAAAAAAUAUUAAUUGCACCCGCUCCCUUUUUUUUUUUGGCAAUCACAGCUGUGAAAGGUUUAAUCACAUCUGGGACGUGGAUUUGAACGACAUGGUGCGAGAGGACGCUGUAGAACUUUUCUACAUAUUUAAAUUAAUAAGGGUGUCUGGGAUAAAAGAGGAGAGAUGGGAAUGGAUUAAAUGAGCAACUAACCCAAAAUGUGACUCACUUUCAUAGAUACUUGGGCCCAAUUUCUUUUUUUUUCUCUCUUUUUUUAAUUUUAAGAAAAAAGGAAAUAUAUAGUGGUCCAAAUAUUGUGGUAUCUUCGAACGCAAAGGACCGUGUCCUAUGCUGAGACGGAGAGAAGGUGUCGUUCUCUUAAACUCUUGUGUCUGUUGAGAAUGUCGUUGUCAUCAUCUUGUGAAGGAAUGUGCCCUCGCCGUUGCGGUUUCCUGUCCAUUUUUUUAAAAAAUUUUGUUUUUUUUUUUAAAUUUCUAAUCUUGUCAGUAAGUAGCUGCUUUGCGUUGGCCAGUAGAGGCGAUCUAAAACGAACCUAAAGAAGUAGUUUUUGCUGUCCCUGUCAGAAAAUAAGAGCAGCUUAAGCUUUUUCCAUUACAGAAGCAAAUUAACAACUGUAUUGUGUAAAUAAUUGUA